AUCUCGUUAUUACGAUUUUAUUAUUUGAAGUAAUAACACAUACUAAAAUGUCGGUCCAAAUAAACGAGGAUUUAGUCAAGGAAAGAAAGAAGUGUACAUUCGAUGUGCAGGAACUAAUACAUUUUAUAGACGGAGGGAAACAGAAAACCGAACUGAGGAAAUAUAUCGAAAACUUGGUGCUGAGCAUUGACAAUUUAAAAGAUGAUAUACCAGAAGAAUAUCUCAGUCAUAAGGAAUGCUAUGAAAACGUUAUUCGGAAGGGUUCCGUACUUUAUGACAUAUUUUCGGAACUUUCUAAAGAUCGAAAGCAUAAAGCUCAUCAAGCUCCAUCCAACGCUUAUCGUAUAUCCGAUGGGAUUAUGCAGAAUGUGAACCCUUUUCUUCUGCACUUCGCUCUAUUUGUACCGGCCAUCACUAACCAGGCCACUCCGGAACAGCAGGCGGAGUUUCUGAAACACGGGUUUGGCAUCAUUGGAACUUACGCUCAGACUGAACUCGGCCAUGGCACGUUUUUAAGAGGGCUUGAGACGACAGCUACACUAGACUUGGAAACUGAUGAGUUUGUAUUGAAUAGCCCGACUCUGACGUCCUAUAAAUGGUGGCCCGGAGGAUUGGGACAUACCGCCAACCACUGUGUCGUGAUGGCUCAACUCUAUAUCAAGGGAAAAUGUCACGGACCACAUUUGUUCUUUGUACAAAUUCGCGAUAUUGAAACCCACGAGCCCCUACCAGGACUUAAAUUGGGUGAGAUUGGAGCCAAGAUGGGUUUCAACACAGCGGAUAAUGGUUUCCUUGGAUUCCAUAAUUUUAGGAUACCGAGAAAUAAUAUGCUAAUGAAAAAUUCUCAAGUUUUAAAAGAUGGCACCUACGUGGAAUCCAAAAACGAAAAGUUAACUUACGGUUCUAUGGUGUUUGUGAGGGUGUACCUUCUGUCCGACAUGGCGUAUAUGUUGGCGCGAGCUGCGACCAUCAGCGUCAGAUACUCCGCUGUGAGGCAUCAAUCGCACAUAAAACCUGAUGAACCAGAAGUUCAAAUAUUAGAUUUUGUGAUCCAACAACAUAAGCUGUUUAUAUCAAUAGCGACCAGUCAUGCUUUCAAAAUAUGUGGCUUAUGGUUGUGGCAAACCUACUCGAAGGUCAUGGAAGAUAUUGGCAAGGGGUCUAUGGACCGUUUACCUGAAUUGCAUGCGCUCUCUUGCUGUCUUAAAACCACAAGUACUCGGGACGCAGGUUGGCUGAUUGAGCAAUGUCGGUUGGCUUGCGGCGGUCAUGGCUACCUAAUGUCCUCAAACCUGCCCUCGUUGUACACGACGGCGACCGCUGCUAUCACAUACGAGGGAGAGUCUACUGUGCUCCUCUUACAAACAGCCAGAUACUUGAUAAAAAGCUGGAAACGCGCCAUGGAAGGUGAAUCUCUGCCAGCGACUGUUAGCUUUCUGUCAGAGUACUUUAACAAGAGGUACAAUAAAUGGGAAAACACACCCAAAGGAAUCGUCGACGGACUUAAAUUGGUAGUUGCUGGGGUAACUAAAAUGUGCGCAGAGUCUAUACAAAAGCAUGUGUCAAGAGGGCAACAAUAUGAAGAAGCUUGGAAUUCAUCUUCUGUACAAUUGAUUAAAGCGAGUGAGGCAUAUUCCCGGGCUCUGCUUUGUGAAGUGUUUUGGUUUGAAGUCGAUAAAGUUUCUUCUACGUUAUCCAACAAUUUGGCUGUGGUGCUUAAACAACUGGCGGAAUUAUACAUUACUUAUUGGGCUUUGGAGAAACGGGGAGAUUUAUUGGUAUAUACAACCAUAUCAAAAGAUGAUCUAGACAAACUUCAGGAGAGGUAUGAGGAGUUGCUAGCCUUAAUCAGACCCAACGCUGUAGGACUCGUUGAUAGUUUUGACAUCAGAGACGAGAUUCUAUGUUCAACUCUUGGUGCUUACGACGGACGGGUUUACGAAAGGAUGAUGGAUCACGCCCUAAAAAGUCCCUUGAAUGCUGAAACUGUCAAUCAGAGUUUUCAUAAAUACAUGAAGCCAGUUAUUCUUAAACACAAAAUUUAACAUUUGUAUUCUCUUUGUGUUAGUUUUUGUUUUUCAAUUCUGACGACUGGUGUUAUCUGAACGAACUUGAAAUUAUAUAAUUUUGAAAUAA